GGUGCAUAAAAAAAGAAACCGACGACGAUAGACGACAGAUCACGCAGAGGGCGGUAGACGUUGCCGAACAAGGCAUCGACGAUGCAAGGCUGGAAAUGGGACAAGUACCUAGGUCGGAAGAGGGAAAACACACGUACAAGGAAAUAGUAAGGGAAAACAACCGAACAGAAUUCGAAAGAUUCCGCGCGUGGGCAAAAGGAAACAUGGGAACGGUAGCCGCCAUUACCAUCUCCAUUGCCGGAAUUAUUACGACUGUGGUGGUGGCUGGAAAGAAAGCCAUUACGGGAGCAGCUAAUGGACUUGGAGCUGCCGGAAAAGCGUUGGCAAAGUUCGCAAAAGCUGCACUGCCAAUUCUGGUACCUAUUCUAAAUAUGUUAAGUACGAUCCUAAGUUGGGGAGCCAAGGGUCUUGCCUUUCUUGCCCGGAAUUUGUGGAUCGUAGCGAUUGUGAUUGCCGGAGCUAUAUUUAGGUACCUCCAAAACAGACGUAAAAAAAAGUAA